AUGUCAGUAACAGGUAAUCAUUCACCAAUACCAGGUUUAAAUCAAACUCAAUUUAAUCAAAGUGUUAAAUUCUACGAAGCAGACUCAAAAUUGACUCAAAAUGAUAGAAUUCAAAUAGCAAAAGAUUUACAAAGUAUUCUAAUUUCAAAGAAUAUAGUAGGUUAUACAACAUCAAUGUUUGGGUUCCUAACACCUACAAUCUAUUAUCGUUAUAUCAAAAAAGCACCAGUUAAUAAAAUAUCAUGGAUACAAAAGCCUUUUUUGUCAUUCAUUAUAGGAUUGACUAAUUUGGCAGUUAUGAAUUCAUAUGUCAGUAAAAGAAAUUGGAAGUAUAAACUUGAAGAUAAUACCAUGAAUGAAAGAGAGAGGGAAGUUUGGUCAUUAAUGGAUCCAGUAAACAUUCUACCAUUCUAUUUUUAUUAUUCAAGAAGUUCUAAAAAUCCAGCAUUUAAAUUAAAGGAUCCUAGAAGUUAUAAUCCCAAUGAAGUGAUGUUUGAUAAGGAAACUUAUGAAAAGCAAAAAGAGAAGGAGAAUGGUCAUUUCUUGGAUAAUUCUCAUGAUUUGACUUCUUGGGAUAAGAUUCGAUUAGCUAGUGGUUUUGAUAUCACUGAUGAGAAUAAAGAUGACUCCAAUUUGAGAGAUGUUAAUGGUGGUGGUUAUAAAGAGAGUAUUACUGAUAAUGAUGAAGUUAAAUCAACUUGGGAUAGAAUAAGAAAAGAAGGAAAGUGA